AGGAACGUCAAAAUUCAAAGACUUUUGUUAGAAAGCAGUUAAGUUCUUAAAAUUCAUGUUUGGAUAUAUUGGAUGGCGAAUCUAUAGCUAACGGCUCUUCUUUCCGUGAAGUUCGCCCGUCCGAACUGCACUUCCUACAAUCAAUCGUUCAAUCAACAGUAUUAUUGGGGUAUCACGACGAAAUCAGAUCCAGGUAUCAUCAUCCCCUUCUAGGGUAGUUCUUUCUCAGACUAUGAAAUAGUGGGACAUACCAUAUAUAGAAGAAAAUCCCAGCACCUUAUACCCAGAUCACGAUAGGAGAGGAAGGAAAAUGCCUCCGAAAACCAGGGGAAGACCAAAGGGGAAAGGAAAGGCAACAAGUCAGAACGUUCCAGAUGUAUAUCGAGAUAUGUUGGUAGAAGCCAUACCGGCUCAAUUAGAAGUCCCUGAAAGACCUCUGAAAAAAAGAAGAGUUGGAUCACGAGGUGCCGCAGCUCCGGCAUCAGAAUCAGGACCAUCGAAAGCUUCUGUGGCGAGGUCACAUGACAAAGCGGAAGAUGAAGAAGAUGAAGAAGAUGAAGAUGUGGAAUUUGAGGAUGUUAUCAUGGCAUCAAAGAGUUUGAACGGUGAAGAUGAAAAUGAUAAUACUAGCAUACCUCAACAAACUGCAUAUAGGGACUCAGAUGAAGAGACCGACGAAAGCGAUACAGAUAUUGAAAUUGAUUGGGAAAACAUUAAUUUCAAUACGAAAGACGAUGAACUAUCGGGAGAUUUAGAAUUAACCCUCACUAGACCAGCACCUCAACGUCAACCCACUACUCUUAGACGUAAAGCUCUCACUCAAGGGGAUAAAGCCCUUCGGUUGGAGAUUCAUAAAUUAUAUCUUUUAUGUUUGUUAUCACAUGUUCAUAUGAGAAAUGAAUGGUGUAAUGAUCCUGUAGUUCAGGAUUCUCUGAGACCACUUUUGAAUAGGAAGACAUUAUCAUUCCUGAGACCCAGGAGAGAUUUAUCGCAAUUUAGUCAAGCGGAUUCGUUGAAGAGGGGUUUGGAGAUGGUGGCUGUACUAUGGAGAACUAAGUUCCAAAUUACGAAGAGGGGUAUGAGAAGAGCUUUAUGGGCGGAUGAUGAAGAUGAUAUUAAAAAUGUAGGUCUCAAGUUCAUAAACGAUGCCAGUCCUAACCGGAAGACGAAUAGUAUAAAUUACCUGAUGAUGCCGAUUCUUCGUAUGAAAAGGCAGAUUUUAGGAAAGCGGCAACAGAGCUAAAAGGCUCUAGAGAUGUAGGAGCACAACUAUUCUGUGCAUUAUUACGAAGUGCAGAUGUUGAAACCCGCCUGGUCUGUUCACUACAGCCCCUAUCUUUCACCAUCGGUGGUCCAUCCAUGCCCAAACCACCUAAACUUAAAACAAAACCGAUCAUCCCACCGCCACCGAUUCCAUCACCGGGUCCCAGCACCUCAACCCUCCUUUCUAAUCCACGCAGCCGCCUCGGACAUCCAGGGGCUUCCUCUUACCAUCUACCCCAAAUACCGCCUGCACCCUUACCUCCACCAACCCCAAAAGCAAAACCCAUCCGUGAAUCCCCUUUCCCAAUUUUCUGGCUCGAAGUCCUCGACUCCGCUCACCAAAAAUGGAUUCCUAUCGACCCCCUCAUCACAGAAACCAUCUCCAAACCCCGCUCGUUUGAGCCACCCCUAACAGACAAAGAAAAUGCUCUUUCCUACGUCCUUGCAUUCUACGCCGAUUCCUCCGCUCGCGACGUAACCCGUCGUUACGCCAAAGCUCCCAAUUCUAAAACACGCAAGCAACGCGUUGAAUCUGUUCCUGGUGGACAAAAAUGGUGGGGUAAAGUCCUUUCUCAUUACUCACUUGGUUGGAAGACAGAUGUGGAACAGAUUGAAGAUGGGGAAUUGGCGGCGCUAGAAGGACGAGAACCAAUGCCGAAAAAUGUGCAGGAUUUUAAGGAUCAUCCUGUUUAUGCACUUGAGCGUCAUUUACGUAGGAACGAAGUUAUUAUUGCGGAAAGGGAGAGUGGAAAAGUCGCGACCGGGAAUGCUGGUGCAAGUGGUGGAAGCAAAAAGCUGGAGAACGUAUAUCGAAGGAAAGACGUCCAUGUUUGCAAGAGCACAGACGCAUGGUAUCGACUUGGACGAGAAAUUAAAAUGGGCGAACAACCCGCUAAGAUCGUACCCUCUAGAAACACAAGAAAAAACAACGAAUACGCGGACGAAGAGGAGAUCAGAGAAAGACCGGGCACAAAUCUUUAUACCCAAUCGCAAACAGAGCUUUUCAUCCCUCCCCCUAUAGUAAAUGGUCGCGUACCCAAAAAUUCAUUCGGGAAUAUAGAUAUAUAUGUACCCUCCAUGAUCCCAAAAGGUGGUAUUCAUAUCCUAGAACCAGAAUCAGUGUACGCGGCGAGAUUACUAGGGAUAGAUUUUGCGGCUGCGUUAACGGGGUUUGAAUUUAAGGGAAGACAUGGAACGGCGGUUUUGAGGGGAAUUGUGGUGGCGGGAGAGUAUAAGGAGGCGAUUGAGGUGGUGGUGGAGGGGAUAAGGGAGGAGAGGGAGAGAGAGAUGGAGGAGGAGAGGAGGGAGAGGGUAUUGAGGGUUUGGAGGAGGUGGUUGUUGGCUUUGAGGGUUAAGGAGAGGGUGGAUGGGUAUUUUGUUGAUGAGGUGGAUGGGGAGGAUGAGGAAGAAGGGGGAGUUGAACCAGAGGAAGGUGGGUUUGUGAGAGAUGAUAGGGAAGAUGGAGACGAAGAGGGUGGAUUCGUGAAAGACGACGAGGAUGCAGAUGAAGGGGAAGAAGGCGGAUUUGUGAAAGAUGAUGAAAAUAUGGAGAGUGAUGUAAGUAGUGAGUUGAGCGAUACAUAUACAGAUGAUGAGUAUGAUGAUGAAAUGGGUGGGGGAUUUAUCCCAGAAUAGGGUUAUAUAUAAGGGCAAGCAAGAUAGAUAAGGUAUUCGCUACUUUUAUAUAACCAUAUUACAUUUCUUAAUUAC